AUGGUCUACGGUAAAAAUAUUACUGAAAUUUUUAUUCGUUUGUUUGUUAAAGGUCAUUGUAAUUCUCAUCAAUUUCAAUGCGGUAAUGGUAGAUGCAUUCCAGUAACAUGGCAGUGUGAUGAUGAUGACGAUUGUGGUGAUCAAACAGAUGAAGUAAAUUGUGAGGUUCGCACUUGCUCCGAAACUGAAUUCAAGUGUCGUAAUGCCAAAUGCGUCCCUGUUCGGUGGUUAUGUGACAGUGAAGAUGAUUGUGGAGAUAGAUCGGACGAAGAUUCAAAGCACUGUUCUAACAAAACAUGUACUCUUGACCAAUUUACUUGCGGUUCUCCCACCGGACUUUGCAUUCCUAUUUCAUGGAAAUGUGAUAAUCAGAAUGAUUGUGCCGAUGGUUCUGAUGAAAAAGAUUGUCGCAAAGUUACUUGCACUGAAGAGGAAUUUACAUGUGAAAACAACAAAUGCAUAACUCAGAGGUGGCGUUGUGAUUUAGAUAAUGAUUGCGGAGAUAUGAGUGAUGAAAAAGAUUGCCCUAAUGUGACGUGUUCUGCAUCAGAAUUUAUGUGUGCAAAUGGCAGGUGUAUACCUGAUCGAUGGAGAUGUGAUGGCGAUGUUGACUGCACAGAUAACUCUGAUGAGCUCUUAUGCCCUAAACAAACAUUGAAAACCUGCAGCCCAGCUGAGUUUAAAUGUGGUUCAGAAUUUAAGUGCAUUCAGAAGACAUGGUUGUGCGAUGGUCACUUUGACUGUUCUGACAGAUCUGAUGAGCAAAAUUGUACUGUAACCUGUUCAGAUACAGAGUUUACUUGCAAGAAUAAAAGGCAGUGCAUUCAAAAGCCCCUGCUGUGUGAUGGUGCUAAAGAUUGCUUUGAUGAGUCAGAUGAAGAAGACUGCCCAAUUUUGGCCCCAAAUUCAUGCAACUCUACUACACAUUUUGACUGUGGAGGCAUCUCUUGUAUAACAAAAAAUUUAGUCUGCAAUGGAAAAAAUGAUUGUGGAAAUUGGGAAGACGAACCUCAAAGUUGUUAUAUCAAUGAAUGUCUUCGCAACAAUGGUGGAUGUUCUCAACAGUGUGUGGAUGACAUAAUUGGUUUUCACUGUCAGUGUUUGCCAGGUUAUAAACUGUCUGAUAAUCAAACUUGCGAUGAUAUUGAUGAAUGUCAAAUACCUGGCUCUUGCUCACAACUUUGUAAUAACACUAAGGGAAGUUACAAAUGUUCUUGUGUUGAAGGAUAUAGCAUAGAACCUUCCAAUCACAGAUUAUGUAAAGCUAAAGAAGGCCAUGGAGAGUUGCUUUUUGCUAAUCGAAGAGACAUUCGAAAGAUAAGUUUAGAAGAUUCAGAAUAUACUUUAGCGGUCAGUGGACUCCGUAGUGCUGUUGCCGUAGAUUUUGACUAUUAUAAAAAUCUUCUUGUAUGGACUGAUGUUUUGGAAGAGAAAAUAUACAGUGCGCCUUUGGAUACUGGGUAUCCUUUGACAGAAGUGGUUCAUGAUCAAAUUCAAACUCCUGAUGGAGUCGCUGUUGACUGGAUUUAUCACAAUAUUUACUGGACAGACACUGGUCGAAACACAAUCAGUGUUGUUCGCCUUGAUGGAUCCAUGAGAAAAACCCUGAUUCAAAGAAAUUUAGAUGAACCUCGUGCUAUAGUAGUGAAUCCUCUAGAGGGAUGGAUGUUUUGGGCAGAUUGGGGUGAACCUGCAAAGAUAGAAAGAGCAGGGAUGGAUGGAACAUACAGAAGCGAAAUUGUUUCAAAACAUUUGCGUUGGCCAAAUGGACUUGCAAUUGAUUUGGUAAAUCGAAAGUUAUAUUAUGCAGAUGCCCUGUACCACUCGUUAUGCAGUGUGAAUUUUGAUGGAUCAAAUCAUCAAGUCAUUGUAAUGUCAGUAAAUGAUAUUAAACAUCCUUUUGCAUUGGAUGUUUUUGAGGAUUGGGUGUAUUGGACUGACUGGAAAUCUGAAAGCAUUUUGAAAACUGAUAAAUUUUCUGGUAAAAAUAUUGAAGUUGUUGCUUCUGGAGUUGCAUCUCCCAUGGGUGUACGUGUUAUGCAUCAAAAUAAACAGCCUCAAGGAAUGAAUUAUUGUGGUGCUAGAAAUGGUGGUUGUUCUCAUUUGUGCCUUCCAUCACCAAAAAUUUCUGUAUAUUCUUUAAAAUUUUCCUGUGCAUGUCCAGAUGAAUCUGUUCUUGCCAGUGACUUGCAGCAUUGCAUUAUAAGCUUCCGUUCCGGUGUAAACAAAGAAUAUUUACCCAGCCCCCUAACCUCAGCUAUGUUGGGGUCGAUUUUUGCACCUGGCGCGUCUGCUUCGCGCCGACCUAUUCCAUUCAGAACGUGCCGUAGGAGCGCAGUGCGCAUUAGCAAGAUGGCUCUGGCAAAGGAUUGUUUACUAUAUUUCUACGUCCUUGUUUUCGCCUGCAGCCGCGUUGUGGGAGCUGACAACUACACCGAUGUCACCGAUUCUGAGUCCGUACCUCUUCCUACCUCUUCAUCUGCCCAGACUUCUUCGGAAUCGGCUCAUGAACCUAAUUUAAUGAACGAAACAUUGCAAGCCAUAAAAGAAGAAAUUGACGAUUCUGGGAAAAUAGCUGGAAUCGUCAUUGGAGCUUUAGGAAUUAUAUGCUUCAUCUUAACUGUGGUUGGCUUCUUUAUUUACAAGCAAUACCUCCGCAGAAAUAUAACAAGCAUGAACUUUGAUAACCCUGUUUAUAGGAAAACAACAGAAGACCAAUUUAGCUUAGAAAAAAAUCAGUAUCAGCCUGCAAGGUCAUAUCCAUCUGUAAGUAUAAAUUCAGCUAGUCUUGAACCACUAACAUCGCCAGGGACCAAUGAAUUUGUAUAGUGAUGAAUUUUAUCGAUUUAUUCUUCCUAAAACUCCUUCCAUCAUUCGGAUGAUACAAACAAGUUGUAAAUAGUGACUUUUAUGAAUUCUUGUACAUUUCAAAAGAUUAUUUUUAUUAAAAUAAUCUGAUAUGUGAUGAUGGAACAAAUGUUUCAAAUUCAGUGAUCAAAUUUCUUUGCUAGAGCGUUUGAAUAAUGUAAUUUGAACAUUAUUUGUUGUAUUGAAUUUUGUUUGUUGUUUUUUAUGUGAUGCAAACUUUGUUCCGUUAUGAGUUGUAGAUAUAGUUUGGCUGUGGUAUUUUGACUUUGGAUAAGUCUAUUUAUGUAUAGGUUAAAAGAAAAGAAAUUCUUAGAUUGGUAUAGUGCCAAUAAUCCUUAUGGCAAAUAACACUAUCUUUCCUCAGUCCAAUUAUAUGAAUUGAAUUAUUUAAGCCUCCGCAGAUCAAAUGUCAACUUAUCAAUGCCAGAUUAUAACUUUAAUUGUUUGUAUUUCAUAGGUAAUUAGAGUUGGUAGAAAUGCUCUUUAUUAAAUUUUUGGACUCUGAGGGCUGCACCUCAUAUUAAAAUGAUUCUCACAGGCCCGAAAACAUAAAAUUUCAAAAUAUUUUUUUAAUUUACAAAUAACAUGAGAAAAUAUGGAAAAGGAAAGAAAAUUAAAAUCCAACAAUCGUUGCUAUCAUUACUAGGCUUCUUUUAUUAAAUGCACCAGGUUUUUUCAGAAACCAAUUUUUAGAUAUUUGGUUCUAAAUUUGUAACAUCAUAAACCAUGCUUUUUUAUUUGUAAGAUUAAACGAAACAACCGGCCACACAAAUGAGCUACGCGGACCGGAUGUGGCCCCCAGGCUGUAGGUUGGACACCACUGGCCUGAGUGUUCAGAUGUGCAUUUUAAUUUGUUGAAAAAAAAAUAAUAAUUGAUUGAACAUUUUUCUGGUAUAUACUGGUUUGAAAUGUUUUAUGCAACACAUGCAAUCUAUGAUGAUAGUACAGUGCAAUCUAUGUAAGUUGACCACUCGCAGUGCACUACUUGAGUGAUCAACUUAAACAGGUGGUCAACUUACGGAGGUUGGUUUAUAUGAUAAGGGCUAAUUCUGUGCCUGAAAAAGUGGUCAACUUACAAGGGUAGUCAACUUCUUAGGUUUUACUUUAUUUCUUUUUUAUGAAAUGAAAUGUUACAAAAAAGCAAAGGAAAGAGAAUUUGUAAAAUUAAUCAUACUCAAGAUUAGUUUACUGAUAUAUCAAAAUCAGGGUUGAUUUAAUAUUAUUAGAGUUAAAUGUUCUAAUUUGAAAAAAUCAAAUCAAUUGUUCCUUAAUACAGAAUAACCCCGAUUUAACUAUUGUCAAGGGACUGGAAAAGGUUAUCGUUAAAUCAAGUAUAUUGUUAAAUCGAGGAGCAUAUACAUUCAAUGAAGUUAAAUCUGGACCAGUGAAAUGUAUCAUUAAAUUGAGGAAAUCGUUAAAUCAAAGUUAUACUGUAAUUAAUAUA